AUGAACCGCCUGAUCAAGAAUGAGAAUGCGGCGAUCAGUGCCUAUGAGAAGGCCGGUCGUGAGCGUGUGUCCACCGCGAAAGAGCUCUCCGACUGGGGGGAGGCCACGGAGGACGAGGCGGUAUCGGACAUCACUGAUAAACUGGGCGUGCUGCUCGCCGAAAUGGGCGAUCAAGAGGAGAUUUUCGCAUCAUACUUGGAAGAGUAUCGGACGGUCCUCAAGCACAUUCGUGAAACGGAGAACUCGAUUCAACCGACACGGAAUCAUCGAGCCAAGAUUCAGGACGAUAUCGCGAGACUGAAGAUUAAGGAUCCCGAGAGUAUCCGGCUGGAAACACUGGAACAGGAGCUUGUGAGAGCGGAAGCGCAGAGCUUGGUUGCUGAAGCUCAGUUGACCAACAUGACCAGGGCCAAACUCAAGGAGGCUUUCGAUAUCCACUUGGCGGCUGUCAUUGAGAGGGGUGAGAAGCAGAUUUUGCUCGCCCGUCAUGCCCGCCGUCUGCUGGGUAUUCUCGAUGACUCGCCUGUUAUCCCAGGGGAGCCUCGGAAAGACUAUGAUCGUGGUGACGAGGCAAGUCAGCUCAUUCAAGACGCGGAGAGAGGUCUCCGCUCCUGGGAGAGUACUACCGUGCCUAUCCCGACCUCAGCUGGACACUUGCAUGAUAGCACGCUCCUUCCAGCCCCGGCGGCUCGCGUGGCUCGGGAUAGUCAAGCACUCACCGUCGGCUCGUCUGAAGUAGAUGGCCGUGAGAUGACUGCUUCGACUAGGGAUAUUAAUGGCUCGGCUUCAGAUGUUCGUUACACUGAGGAAUAUAUCCCCGAGACUCAAGGUAUUCCCGAAACCGAAGGCCCCAACGAAUAUGUCCAUGAGUAUGGGUCUGGCACUCAAGAGGGUGUUCCACCUGUGACCGAAGCCCAGGAGUUCCAAGAGCCUGUAACAGCGCCUGUUGAGCCAACUAGGGAUACGUAUAGUCGUCUUAGUAAUACUAUCACUUACAUCCCGGGAACUAAGCAGCGUGUUGAUACCGCCGCUGGGGCUGAGGGUUACGGAGAGUCCAGUACGCAGGGAGCUAGGGGUAUAUAUGGAGCCACUCCCGAUAUCACUGGAUAUACACCUAGAGCUCACGACACUAUUCCAGGAACAAAGGAACACGUUGAGUCCGUCAGCGCAGCUAGAAGCUGGGACGAGUCCGUUACAGAUGUGUCCGCGGGGGUCAAUGGAGAUGCUGUGAGCGGUCGAAGCAUCGAUGAAUCCGUCACAGAUCCGACUCAGCACUUUGACGAGCCCUCCACUGAGCUGACGGAAGGAACGGAGGCAACAAAAGUGACAGAGGCCACGGAUGAUGCCAACGGAUCUAUUCGGGAAAAGCUCCAGGAACAGCCCCAGGCAGCUUGGGGCAUUCCUCAAACCGUCGCUGUCCCGUAUUAA